UUCCUAGCCAUUUUUUCUCUUCUCGUCUUGAAUCAAUCUCAAAGAUCCAGCAUUUGUCUUCUAUUGUAUACCUAGCGUCAUGGCCGCUCGCCCCAAACUCCCUUUCUUCGUCCGCAAUUCGUCCCGGACACUGGCCCGGUGGAGGAAACCCUUCAUCCAGCCCCCCGCACUACGCACCCUUGUCACCAAACACCCCAAGGACUUUGUCCCUCCUACAGAAGAGGACCUGGUGGAGCUUCGUGAGCGCGUACAAGAAUUCACCCGGCGCGAAAUUCCCGAAGAGGUUGCCGCGAAGACCGACGCCCAGAAUGAGUUUCCGGCGGAGAUGUGGAAGAAGCUUGGUGAUGCUGGGUUCCUCGGCAUCACGGCCAAUGAAGAAUACGGUGGACUGGGAAUGGGAUACCAGGCUCACUGUAUCGUCAUGGAGGAGAUUAGUCGCGCAUCCGGAAGCAUUGCCCUUUCCUACGCCGCACACUCUCAGCUCUGCGUCAACCAGCUCUCCUUGAACGGGACAACCGACCAAAAGGAACGUUUCCUUCCUGGACUCCUAUCAGGCGAUAAAGUCGGUGCUCUUGCAAUGUCUGAGCACUCUGCUGGAUCAGAUGUUGUUAGCAUGAAGACAACGGCCAAGGCCGUCGACGGCGGGUGGCUAUUGAACGGGACGAAGAUGUGGAUUACCAAUGGCCCCGACGCAGACUACAUCGUUGUCUACGCAAAGACGGAACCCGAAAAAGCCUCUAAGGGCAUCACGGCCUUCGUCGUGGAAAAGACCUUUAAAGGAUUCUCUUGCGCCCGCAAGCUGGAUAAGCUAGGCAUGCGCGGCUCUAACACCGGUGAGCUCAUCUUCGAGGACGUCUUCGUCCCGAAGGAGAACGUUCUUGGGGAGGUGAACCGCGGCGUGAAGGUUCUAAUGGAGGGCCUGGAUCUGGAGCGUCUUGUUCUUAGCGCUGGUCCGUUGGGUAUCAUGCAAGCCGCUCUCGACCUCGUCCUCCCCUACACUCACGUCCGCAAGCAGUUCGGUAUGCCCAUCGCCCACAACCAGCUGAUCCAGGGUAAGCUGGCAGACAUGUACACAAAGCUUGCAGCUUCUCGCGCCUACACGUACGCUACUGCGCGACAGAUCGAUAACUCGGCCGCGGAGUCAUCUGGUACUUUGAUCCGCACGCAAGACUGCGCCGGUGCUAUCCUCUAUGCCGCGGAGAGAGCGACAGAGUGUGCUCUGGAUGCAAUCCAGCUGAUGGGAGGCAACGGUUACAUCAACGAGAUCCCCGCGGGACGGUUACUGCGGGAUGCGAAGCUGUAUGAGAUCGGGGCUGGGACGAGCGAGAUCCGACGGAUGGUGAUCGGACGUGCAUUUAACAAGGAGUUUGCAUAGACAUCUAUUCAUUCCUGUCAUUGAUUCCCAUGUCCUGCCCUACUCGUUCUUAUCUCGUGUCAUAUAUACCACCAGACUUACAUGAGCGGAUUGUCUAGGGUUCAUACCAUUGUCAAAUUGUAUGUUCAUGUUCUCAUAAUCUCAUUUCUAUACAG